AUGGCGAGCUCUCGAUCGACCAACGGGCUAUCUCAGCAGAUGGAGAAGAUGACUGUGAAUGGCAAGCGCCAUGCCGAUACCCCUCGUUACACUCCGCCGCAUCGAAAGUACGCUCAAGCAAAUAAGUCUGUCGAGACUAGCACCGCCGGACCAGCCAAGGAUGCGAACAAUACACCCGCAAUCGCACGCACUACAUCUGAGAAGCCUGUUAAGCCGGAAACUAUCGCUGCUACCGAAUCCAAGGUCACAAAGGAGACAAAAACCACACCCGCUGCCGCACCAUCAAAAGAGUCGGAUACAGAGCCCAAACCAAAGACCACAACCAGAGCCAUGGCUCCUCAUCGCAAAUACAGCAAACCCACUACCGAAGUCGCAGACUCAUGGGAAGAAGAAGCGUCAACAGACCGAGAGCCUUCAAGCACUAGCGCUACCACCCACAUCGCAAACCCAACUUCUGAGCCAGCACCAGUGCCAAAAUCAUCCUACGUUCCUCCUCAUCUCAAGUACCGCUCUGCUGCACCCUCACCACCUAGUCACAGUGUCACACCACCUUCGCGCAGUGGCACUCCCUCUUCGAGCGCUUCCUCUGAACGUCGUCCCGAAAAGACAAACGCUGUCGCCCAUCGCUUGAUCGCUGGUGCUCUGGGUGUCAAGGUACCGAGAAGAACAGAAGAGCAGAGAGCCUACGACAAAGCUAUGAGGGAGCAAGAGAAGAGAAAGAGAGACAAGGAGAGAGAAGCCAAGAAGAAAGCAGAGGAAGAUGCUGCAAAGGCGAAGGCUGCCAUCUGGGAUGAUUGA